UUUGUAAUUGGUUGUAAUUGGUUUGUAAUAGGUUGUAAUUGGUUUGUAAUAGGUUGUAAUUGGUUUGUAAUUAUUUGUAAUUGGUUUGUAAUUGGUUGUAAUCGUUGUCAGGAAUUACUUAUGCCCCUGCAGAGGAUUGAACCUUAUGGCGUCCCUUACUGGAAGUCAUACUUUCUUACAAUUAUCAACCAUCCAACGACUUCAACCGGAACAACUGCUUCUGCAACCUAACAGAACUUUCUACCAGGACACCUUCAUCGUUAUCCCACAUGACAACAGACCUACUGGCUAAAAAGGCCUGGUUCCGUUCAGAGAAGUGGAAAUAUACAACAGCAACAUUAACAUCUCAGGAGUAAUUACAUUUCUUACGAUGACAGGAUGGAAGCGAUAUAGUGUAUUAAGGUCAUAAAUAGGAAGUAUUCAACCAGCAAGAGGAAACUCACACGAGGAAGAGAAGAAUAUGGUAAAUAUGACAAACCAAAGAUUAAAACAUGUGAACAGUGUGUGGAUGAGGCACACACACAGAAGACGGAUUUAGUGAGUACUAAGUCUAGUUGAAAAUACCUAAAACAGACAAGAAGAGGAGGAAGCCAUCCUGGUAGACAAGACUAGGAAUUAGCUGUACGAUAUAUGAAGAAAUGUGAGGAUUGUGGAGUUGAGGAGAUGGACUGUAGGGACAAGAGGGAGGCAACACAUACUCGUGGUAUCCUGGCGUUGAGUCGUAUCUUCAGACGACGUCCUCGACACUCCAUCCUGCUGCUCCUGGUCUCCUGCCUCAUCAUCAUCCUCAUACAUCAGCUCUUCCUCGUUAUCUGCACCUACCAGGAGUACUUGCUGGCCUUACUGCCGGAGGGUCCACUACCUGCACAGCAUCGUCAGGAGACUAGGAGUAACAGCAGCAGUGUCAGGAGUCAGGAUGGCAGGAAGAGUGGCAACCAGUAUGGCAAGGCUGGCUUUCCCAGGAUCCUGUGUUUAAUUACCACAUCUCCUGGCCACCACCAGGAGAGGGCCAUCCACGUGGCGGCCACUUGGGCCACACACUGCACCCGGGCCAUCUUUCUCACCUCCAGCCCUGACCCUGUUCUUCCUCACACCCUCGUUACUUCGGGCGCAGCUUCUUACGAUCAGUUGUGGGAUAAGGUCACCCAAGGGUUUGAAUGGGCGUACAAGCAGCGGCAGGAGUUCGACUUUGUGAUCAAAACUGAUGACGACACCUUCCUGCUGGUAGAGAACCUUCAGGCAGCUCUUCUGCAUCUCCAUCCUGACCAACCUUUAGCCACAGGCCUCCAUCUCCGCACCUGGGACACUGGUAGCACCUACCUCAACGGAGGUGCUGGCUACACCUUAAGUCGAGGCGCCGUCAGGAGGCUUGUGGAGGAGGGGCUGAGGGAUGAGCAGUGCUUUAAGAACCUACAACUGGGGACCAACGAGGAUGUCAACAUGGCCAUGUGUCUGACAUUUGUGGGUGUUGAGCUGCUGGACUCCCGGGACUCUGCAGGUCGACAGAGGUUCCACAUGUACCCGCCUCAACAGGUGGUCGACCCACGUCAGGAGAACAGCGUUUUCCAUCUCUGGCUUAAAAAGAUAUCUGUCUUUCCCUAUAAGUUUGGUUACUCUGAGCUCAGCGACGAGGUCAUUAGCUUCCACUACGUAGAUGGUCAGACUAUGUACCUCCUCUACUAUCUCAUCUACGUCGUCAACCCUACCUCCAGCCUCACCCACCGACCUCCGAACUCGAAAUACCAGUCCAACCUGAAGCCUAUAUCACCCUUGCAGAAGUCUCCAUAAUUCACACGACCACCCACUAUAUAUUUAUACCAGCUCUCACAUAUUUACAGCAGCUCCCACUUUACACAUAUUUCACAAAGGCCAUUCGUAUAUUAUUAUUCACGUGGUCUUACAGAGACUGAGAAAUGCAGGUGUAAUGCUAAUGGAUAAUAAUUAAUAAUUCAAAGCGAUGAAUUACGGCACAGAUAUAACUUAUUUUUUCCCGUAGAUGACAAAUAUUGUUGGCUAGUUCACUUUUAAUACUGGUCUCAUGAGUGUUUUACGUGAGGGUAAAUGAUUAAAUCAGUGAUCAUUGUUCCUUGUGUACAGUCAUCUCUGGUACGUGCUUUAUAUAUGUGACUGUUAAUUGUUGACCGAACUGGUGACUGUUGAAUGAAUGAUUAGUGAUCAGCUGCCAGCUAAAUUUACAUAAGGUGUCAGUUAAGUUUAACAUGGUUUCUACAUUAGGUUUAAAGCCUAUCGACUGCACUAAGGUCAUUAAUACCUAAAAUAGGGAUUAAACUCUCAGUGUACAUGAGAGAUAUACACCUCACAGUGUAUAUAUCCUGUGUGUUGAUACUACCAUCAAAGUCACCAUUUAUUGUGAGACUUCUAAGUUACCGUAUUUUCUGUCAUAUAAGACGCACGACAGAAAUAUCAGAACGGUAAAUCAGAAAUGGUGAAGAAAGGGCAGUCACCAAGAUAUCCCAGGACAAAGACGGUUAUGGUGCUUGAAGGGGCAAAUAGUUCAGCAGACGAGGGAGUGUUGAGUUUAUCUGCUGUCGAGGAUAAAGUGUUUUUCAUGAAGGCUGAACAAUAUGACUUCGUUUUCCAUGAAGGCUGAACAAUAUGACUUCGUUUUCCACGAAGACUGAACAAUAUGGCUUUGUAAUUAAUCAGAAACAGGUUCCUUUUGAGACUGAGAGUGGGGCCUCCAUCUCAACAUCGUCGUCGUCGUCGUCGUAAGCUUCUCUCUUUUAUGUGCGGGUUAUUUGUGUAUCGUUCCAGUCACGGUAUUGUGCCUUUUUGUUAUUUAUCCAAAGACUGGAUCGAGGCACUGACAGUGUACAUUGAAUCAUGUUCUAGGAAGGUAACUGUGUAUGAUAAUCGGAAAAUAAACUUUUUGGAAGAGGCUGUUUUGCCGGAACUCUAUCAUAACUUAGAGGUAUCACAAGUGUCCGGUGUAGUUAAUUCAACAUGACUCACGAAUCUUAUUGUGGCUAGCUGGUCCAGUGGCUAACGCGACGGUCUGGAGUUUUGAGACUCUCUGACCACGGGUUCUAACCCCGCCCGUGGUAUGGUUAGUUAAGUCAACUAACAACAACAUAUGUGGAAAAAGACCUCAUGAACAAGGUAGGGAUUUACCUUGCUGGAUUAGAUGAAUCUACCAAAAUUAACAAAUUCGACUGUGUUAAAGAGAUGUUAGAUAAUUUUAAGGUAAAUUCUAGUAAGCCAAUCUCCAGCACUGUGGCCACAAUUCAUGUGAAAAGUGAUGGUGUCCCUAAGUUCGUGAAAGCGAGGCUGGUAUAAUUUUUUCAUAAAGAAAUGAUUGAAGCAGAAUUAGAAAAAAACUAGUAAGGGAAGGUUUAUUGAGCCUAUUUCCAAUAGUGAAUAAUCUGUACUUACUAGGUCAGAUGCCGUGUUCCUCCCUUAAGUGAAUUUGACUGACCUGGCUAGGUUAAGGCAAUGGCUUAAGCCGGUGGGAGAAUUGGACCUUCCUCGUAUGGGCCAGUAGGUCUGUUGCAAUGUUCCUUCUUUCUUAUGUUCUUACGUAUUAAAUGCUGACGCUAAGUCUAUGAGAAUAUGUGAGGAUUUUGAAAUUAUAAAUCUCUAGAUUCAUCGUAAAUGCGAGACAUUUACAAAAAAUAGAUUUAAAAAAUGCUUAUUUACAGAUACCUGUAAAUGAGAGGAGUCAACAGAUUUUUAGUAAUUAAUACCCACAAGAGAGUGACUUUCUGAACUGUCGUACCUGAGGGCCUCUGCAAAGGCAGUGAUUAUGUAUGAGUGAUGGUGAAAGUGUUGAAUGAUGAAAGUUUUUUCUUUCUUUUGGGUCACUCUGCCUCGGUGGGAAGCCGCCGACGUGUUAAAAAAAAGAGAAUUUUUUAAUAUAAGAGACAACCUUU